GGCAAAAGACGAUGGUCCGCUUGGGUCUGGGCCUCGAGCAAGCUGCCGACGAACCAGGCACGGAGGGACACAAGCUCCCGUCGGCCCUCGGUAUUAAUCGGGAGCGCAUCGAGUUUCUCUACUCCAUCCCGAAAAAAAAUGGAGAGGUCGACGAGGACUUCCACAGCACCUGGCAGCGCGCCGUCGAGGAGUGCGCGGCGGCGCGCGGCUGGCUCGUUCUCCACCAAAGCGACCUCGAAACCGCUUUAGCGCACGACGCCUUCGGCCCGCCGCCGGGCCUCGCGACCUGCCUCGCGGCGCGCUUCGCGGCCGCGGACGCCCUCGCGCACGACGCGGAGCGGUCGCGGCGCUGGCGGUCGCGCGCGUCCGCGGGCGACGCGGCGCGCUGCGCCGUCGCGGCGCUGCGGUCCUGGCGCGGCGGCGGGAGCGGCGCGUACCGCGUCGCCGACGCGGCCCUCGAGCGGUGCGCGCGCGCGCUCGCGGCCCACGCGGCGACGCUCAGGGAGGGAGAGCGGGUCUUCGCGCUCGAGGGCGCCGACGAGCCGCACGACGACGUGCCGCCGGCGACGCUCCGGGGCUGCUGCGCGGCGGCGGCGGCGAGCUGCGGCGACGCGGCGGCGGCGGCCGCGCUCGCGCGCUGCGCGACGCACGACGACGACUUCGCGGCCCUCGUCCGCUUCGCCGUCGCGCGCGGCCGCGCGAGCGUCGCCGCGGACGUGGACGUCUACGACCUGCGCCGCGGCCUCGUCCGCGUCGGCGGCGGCGCGGCCCCGACGGACGCCGACGAGGCCGCGGUCCAGUUCCGGGCGGCGCUCCGGAAGCACGCGCGCGCGACCGCGAGACUCGAGGCGCGCGCGGCGGCGGCGCUCGAGGCCUGCCGCGCGAACAAGCGGGCCACGGGCGCCUUCGACGUCGUCGCCGCGCGGCGCUGGAAGGCGCUCGACGCCGCGGCCGCGCGCGCGCGCGGCGCGCACUUCGAGCACUUCGAAAAGCCCUACGACGCGCUCCGCAAGCUGUGGGACGACCGGAGCGUCGUCGCGGCCCUCGAGCUCGCCGCCGGCGCGCUCCGCGCGGCCCGCGCGGACCUAUCCGCCGACGACGUCGAGGCCGCGACGGACGCGCUCGCCGCGGAGAUGGACGAGGUCGCGGACGUCGACGCCGCGCUCGCCCGCGCGACGACGUCCGACGACGACGACGGCAGCCUCGAGCGCGAGCUCGAGGCGCUCGCUGGAACGCCCCGCGCCGUCGAAAUGCGCGCGCGCGCGACCUGCAGCGCUUUCCUGCGCCUCGCGCUGCUGCUCGCGUCCUCAAACGCCCAGCUCGUCGGCCCCGGCGGCGUCGUGCCCUACGGCGGCGGCGGCGGCGGCCCGCGGCGCUACGGCACGGUGCGCGAUCCAGCUCAUGGUUUCUUCGUGGCCGGCUCGACGCUGCGCGGGCUCAACGGCGUCUACGCGCGCGUGGAUCCGACGGACAGCCGCGCCGGCGCGGCCUGCGGGUCGCUGCUGCGCGAGUGCCAGCUCGCGUACUACAACGAGGCGAGCAAGUGGUCGAUGGUCCUCGCGCGGCCCCCGGAGGGCUACGGCGCCGUGGGCCGCAAGUCGACGGAGUGGAUGUUCGUCGACAAGAAGGGCCACGACAAGUUCGGCCACGCGGGCGAGACGAUCAUCCCCGGCGCGGGCGACUCGUGGUCGCACGCGAAGCGGCGGCCGCCGUUCGGCCCCGCGGACGCGACGGACGCGGCCGGCGACGGCGACGACGAUGAUUUUGACGAGCUGCCCUGGCAGGUCAUCUACAUCGGGGACCCCCACAUGGUGCGGCGCCUCCAGCGCCAGGCCGCGUACCACCGCCAGGUCGCGGACCACGCGCUGCUCGGCCAUUUCGUCGACGACCACACGGGCCAGCUCCACCGUUUGGCGGCGCCGGAGAACGCGGAGCACGCGAGCGGCGCGGCGACGCCGACGGAGGGUGCCUUCGCCGCUGCUCUGAAACGGGCGCCCCGGGCCGACGAGCUGAAGCGCGCGGGCGACUUCGUCGGGUGCGCGGCCGCGUGGGCCGAGAGCCCGGAGAACCCGAGCGGCUGGCGGCGCUUGAUCUACGAGCCCGUGGAGGACCGCUGGGCGUCGGCCGUCGGCGCGCUGCACCACGCGGGCUGCCUGCGGCGCUUAGGGCGCCGCGAGGAGGCGCGGGAGCGCCUCGACGCGGCGCUCGGCCUCUUCCCGACGUUCGGCGACGCUUUAGAAGAGGACGUGCGCCUCGCGCUCGACGCCGGCGACGCGCUCGGCGCCGUGCGCAACGCGGAGCGGCUGGCGCGCGUCGACCGCGACCGCGCGGGGCUCCGGGACCUCGUGAUCGUCGCGGCCGUCGACGAGAAGCGGCGCCAGCUCGACGCGGCGGCCGCGCGGGCCGCGGCGUCGGCCAUCGGCGACGGGGCCGACGCGGCCACUUUAGAAGGCAAGCACAACCAUUAUCUGGUGCUCGGUCUGAGCCGCGACUUCGGCGACGAGGAGCUCCGCAAGGCCUACCGCACGGCGUCGCGCGUCUACCACCCGGACCGCCACGGCGGGUCCAACACCAUGUUCACGCGCGUCUCCGCCGCGCACGACUGCCUCGCCGACGCGAAGCUCCGCAAGGCCUACGACCGCGGCGACGACCUCGAGCGGGGCGUCGGCCGCGACAACAAGCAGGGGGCCGCCUUCUCCGAGGUCGUCUCGCGCAAGUACUUCCCCGAGGACUUUGGCUUCGAGCCCUUCGGCGACCCCUUCGAGCGGAAGCGCGACGUCCUCGAGCGGAAGCGGCGCGAGGCGCCGCCGCGGCCCGACGGCCCGGACAUCCCCGGCGGCUCCUACCGGGGCUCCUGCAAGGGCUGCGCCUUCGACGACGACGACGACGGGUCCCGGGUGCUCCGGUGCACGCGGUGCCUCACGGGCAAGACCCGCGACGACUUCCGCGAGGCCGCCAUCGACCCGCGGGGCUGCCAGGACGACGAGCACGUGGGCAACAACCAGGGCACGCUCAUCUGCGAGCGCAAGCCCGACGAGCCGCCGCAGCCGCCGCCGGCGACGGACCCGCCGCCGCCGCCGCGGUCGCCGCCGCCGCCGCGGAAGGACGACGGCCGCCCGCGGACGCGCCGCGAGAUCCGCGAGGAGCGCGCCGCGGAGCAGGCCGCGGCGCGCGCGCGCGAGCAGCGCGCCGCGGAGCGCGCGGCGAGGCGCGCGGCGGCGAGCGCGGGCGACGACGACGAGGGCGACGUGGGCGACGUCGACUCGGAGCCGCCCGAGAGCCGCCCCGGGAAGUUCCGCUUCGAGGCGACGCCGCCGGGCGGCGAGCUGUAGCCACCCCGUACUUUUCUCCUCGACCGACUAAAACCAAUUGAACU